AUGUUGACGGUUGAGAAGCAGUGGAUCAAUGUACAACAGAAAACUUUCACAAAAUGGCUUAAUGAUAAGAUAAAGGUGCGACGCAUCUUCAUCGAUGACUUGGUGCAAGACCUGUCGACCGGAGUUAUCCUCAUCCAUCUCCUCGAAAUCCUCGGUGCAGAAUCUCUUGGUCGUUAUGCCUCGAAUCCCAAACUGCGAGUACAAAAGUUCGAAAAUGUCAACAAAAGUCUGGACUUCAUCAAAGGCCGGGGCAUUCAGAUGACCAACAUCGGCGCGGAGGACAUUGUCGACGGGAACAGAAAGAUCAUUCUGGGUCUAAUAUGGACCCUCAUUUUGCGAUUCACCAUCAGCGACAUCAACGAAGAGGGUAUGACGGCAAAAGAGGGUCUCCUGCUAUGGUGUCAAAGAAAAACAGCCUGCUACGAAGGAGUGGAGGUGCGCGACUUCUCCACCAGCUGGAACGACGGCCUGGCGUUCUGCGCUCUGCUGGAUAUCCACCGUCCCGACUUGAUCGACUUUGAUGCCCUGGACAAGAAAGAUCACCGCGGAAACAUGAAAUUGGCUUUCGAAAUCGCGGCGAACGAAAUCGGUAUCCCGGAUCUGUUGGACGUUGACGAUGUCUGCGACGUCGCGAAGCCCGACGAGCGGUCUCUGAUGACCUACAUAGCCUACUGGUUCCAUGCCUUCUCGCAACUGGAACGAGUCGAGAAUGCCGGUCGACGAGUGGAGAAGUUCAUCAACAACAUGCACGGUGCCUGGGAGAUGCAGAACUCGUACGAGCAGAGGAUGAGGCAGUUGCUGCGUUUGAUCCGCGAACAACGUGACCUCUGGAAGAACUCCACCUUUGAAGGAACCUACAAGGACGCGAAAGACCAGGCUUUCCAAUUCUCCCUGUAUAAGCGAAACCAGAAGCGCCAAUGGGUCGCCGAGAAGUCGGAUCUCGCAGCUCUGCUGGGUAACAUCAAAACCAAGCUUAGCACGUACCGACUUCGUCCAUAUGACCCUCCCGAGGAUCUCCGCCUCGAGGUUUCCGACCAAGAAUGGGAGUACUUGACGCGCGAUGAACACGAACGUAGUCAGCUUAUUAACGAGACGAUUCGUGACAUCAAGAAUGCCCUGCGCCGGUCCUUCGCAGACAAAGCAAAUGACUUCGCGCUAACCCUGAAAACGUUAUCCCUUGCGAUCUCCGGACUGGACGGUGACGUAGAGGACCAGCUGGCACACGUGAAGAGGCUCAAUGAUAACCUGCCUCCCCUCGACGCCUUCUUAGAUACCAUCGCGGCCUUGGACGAGCAGUGCGCCGAAGCGAACAUUGAAGAAAACGACUACACCACGUAUACGCUAGACGAACUUUCCUACGAGUUGAGUCUGGUGAAAUCCAGUAUCUCAAAGAAACUUGCCUUCCUCGAUAACCAACUCGUCGCCCGAAACAUGACGAACCUGACCCCGAUUCAACUGGAAGAGUUCGAGUCUGUGUUCCGACAUUUCGACCGCGACUCCUCCAACACCCUCCACGAACUGGAGUUCUCGGCAGCACUUGCCAGCCUCGGCCUUGUGUAUGACGAAGAGGAGAUGCAUCAAGUCUUCGUCGAAACUUGCGGUCCAGCUAGACUCGGACAAAACGCCGGUGUCAGUUUUGAGCAGUUCAUCCGUUUUAUGGUUAGCGUCACGGAAGACCAGAACACGGCCGAACAAGUAUUCCAGAGUUUCCGUGAAGUUGCGGAUGGCAAGCCCUAUGUCACGGAACUUGAUCUUCGGCAUUCUCUCAUUCCGGAUGAGCUCAUUGAGCAUCUUGUUCAAACCAUGCCCCAACACCAAGGGCCGGACCUGCUCGAAGACCGCGAGCUCGCCAAAUAUGACUACAUUAGCUUCAUGGAGAAGAUGAUGGAGGCAAACAACGGUGGCGGCCAUGAUGCAGCCACCAAUGGAGGAGCCUAA